UCUUCCUUGUUGGUAGCCUAUUUUGCCUUUCAGGAACAUGGAUGCAAAACCAGGAGCCUUUAUCUUCUUAUUACCUGGCUUGUGUUUCCAGUCAAAUGUGCUGCUUGUUACCUGUUUACCUUUCACGUUACGGUUGUGUCUCGUGCUGAGAUCAUUUCCUUCUGCUCAGAGAAGCAGGUGACAGGAUGCGUCUGUAGCCUGGAUUUUAUAUUACAGUACUUAAUCUGGGACCAACAUGGGAACCCUAUCUCUCAAAGAUAAAGUCUGUGGCUUAAUUUAUUUGGUUCUGGUGUUGGCGAGCAGCAAUGCAGAGCGAGAAUACUUCCCUAAUUUGAGCCCACUCACCUGGGAGGCGGCCAGGGAGAACUGCCAGGUCUGUUUCAAAGACCUGGUGACAGUGACUGCUGAAAACACCCAAACGCUCUCCCAGUUACUCACUUCUGACUGCUGGAUCGGCCUCCGCAAAAACUUCUCCUUCACCAGCAACUCCGUCAGCAACUCCAGUAUGUACUGGUCCUUCUGGGCCAAUGGGGAACCCCUCGUGUUCCAGAACUGGUACCCUGGCUGGCCAGUACUCAAAUCCUCCUUCCUAAAUAGAUACUCCUGCAAAUGCCCAGCAACGGCAGCUUCAGCAACGGCAGCUCCAACAACGCUACCUCCAACAACGGCAGCUCCAACAACGCUACCUCCAACAACGGCAGCGAUAGUUGUUCCCGAGACUGAUGAGAACUACAUUGAAGACUCUUGUGUGGCCAUGCUCAGCUUUGGGGCUUGGGUUGAAAAGAACUGCUUGGCUCUUCUGCCUUCCAUAUGUUAUGAAGAACGUUUCUUUGGCCAAGUCAUCGUGACUAACAAGACCUCUGAGAGCGCCAAUCUCACUUGGCAACCCGGGCCUGAUAACAUCACACAUUACCGCGUAGAGGUCAAAUUCGGCACAGAACUGACACUAAACACCAACAGUUUGACCCAUGACCUUGUCAACCUGACUGCAGGCACCCUCUACUCAGUCCAGGUGUUCCCUGUUAAGUGUAUGAGAGACCUGAACCCGCAGGAGGUCACCUUCUACACCACACCGAACAAAGUGGAACGCCUCACAGCCGCCAACGUGACGGAAACCUCCAUCUUCCUGGACUGGGAGAAACCAGCUGGAAACUCUGGUUUCUAUCGUAUCGAGAUGCAGGAUGGGAAGCAGAUUCAGAGUACUAGCGAGGGUUUAGAAGUCGCCGCUUUGACACCCGGAAACCUUUACACGUUCACUGUCCUCACAGGAGUCGGGGACAAUCGCACAUGGAGCGAAGAAUCCACCGUCGCACAAUACACCAGGCCCGUGGCAGUGUCCGACCUAAGGGUGACUGAGUAUACCUUCUCCUCGCUGCUGCUUGCAUGGGUGCUACCCGAGGGAAAGGCCUCGUCUUUCAGGGUUAUGGCUGUGAUGGACAGUAAUUCCAGCGUAUUGUUUGAUAAGGAGGUGAACCAAACGGAAGUAAACGUAACGGGCCUGCCAAUGGGCACCAAGAUAACCCUCACCGUGACAGCACUGGCCAAUGACUCUCUCGAGGGAGCCAAUGUGACCGUCGUCAACUACACUGCUCCUGGACCAAUUUCAAACUUGACUGUGGUCGCAACAUACGACUCCCUCGAUGUCACAUGGUCAUCUGGGGACAAUUCUGUGUCUUUCAAUGUCGAGCUCCAGUUGGAUGGCAAAAAUGUACAAACGCACAACCAAACAGAAACCGCAAAGUACUUUGAUAAUCUGAAGACGGCCGCCAACUACACAGUGAUCGUCUUCCCCUUCAUCGCACACGUCAAAGGCUCGUCAGUGGCAAGAUACAGAUUCACGAAGCCGUCUCCACCUACUGAUGUCAGAGUCGUUUAUUCCAAUAAAAACCAAAUCACAGUCCAGUGGAGCGCCCCUCAAAACAUAGCAACAGCCAGCUACGCCGUCAGCAUCAACUCCAGCUUCUGGAGCUACACCUUGUUGUCUCAUGUGCACAACAUAACCAGUUACACGGUUAGGCACUUGCAUUCAGGCACCAAGUACGACUUUAGGGUGCAAACGAUGGCCGACCAAGAGCUAAGCGCCCCAGCAACUCAUUCACAUUUUACAGAAUCAGAGAAAAGGGAAAUCGGUCUGUCUAUGAUGUGCUCUUCUGCUAAACCUCUUUUCUGUGAUAGUAAAGUCACAAGGGAAUAUGUUUUAAAUCAGUUGAGAGCACAUUUAUACAAAGUGUUGGGCGACAACAUCGUCUGGAAACUUGAGAAGCAGGAAACUGAAAACCAAGGAGCAUAAGAAACAUAACGUUGUUGUUUUUUCCUUUAUAUCGGUGUUGUUGGAGGUAUUUUAAACGGAAGUGUUUUCUGUCUAAGGUUUGCUGUUUUGCUUUUUACUGCUGCUCAGGACAUUACAUAUUAAGCCACACUGUUAUAUUUAGUGAAAAGAAUUGAGACGUUUUGUCUUUUGUGAUUUUAAAUCUAUUUACAAGUUAUAUUUUAAUUUGCAAAAGAAAUGCAACAACAAAAAACUAAACUAUAUUAAUACUCAAAUGUAUUUUAUGCUUUUGCUGAUUUCCUCUUUUUAAUUCUUUUCAUAUAUGUUUUUCA